AAAUUUUGAAAAAGUUUGCUGCUUUUCGGUAACGUUCAGAGCGCGAAACUGUUUGAUUGUAAACUAUUUUUAUUGUUUUACCUUAUUUCACUGUUAAAAGUUACUAUUUAAGCAACAAUGGAUGUGUACGAGUUCGAAAAGUCCCUCCUCACCCGGAUGCAGGAAAUUUCCACGGUUCUGGGUGCGCGCGAGGGCAUUCCGGUUGGGGCCAGCGCCGUCCGCACCGAGUGGGCCAACUACGUGGAGAUUGCGAUCGAACCGACCGGCUGGCAGGCGCUGUGGCGAGUGCCGCGCGUUUUGUGCGAAGACCUGGCCAUUCCCUUUCCAACGGUCAUCAUGGGCACGGUCGAGCAGGUGCUGUUUGACGAGUUGAAGGCGACGUUCCUGGUGGAGGCCGUGCAGGAUGAUGAUGUGCAUUUGCCGGAACGGCAGACGGUUUCGCUGGAGGAGCUGUGGCCGUUGAAGGACCAGGAAAAUGACGCGUUGAACGUGGACCGAACGGCGGAGUGCGUGGACCGGUUGCGGUUCUUCUACCAGCACAUCUGGAUGCCGUGGGACAAUGACAGUGAUGAUGACGUCGAUUGGGCGGGGAAGCAUCUGGAGAGUCGGGUCAAGUUUUACUACGAUAUGAAGAAUAAGGCGAUGUCGAAGCGGUUGUCCUCGCACGUACUUGCUUUACUGGCCGAAGCGAAUUACAUUCAGAAGAAGCGCGAGCUGCUGGAGAUGGAGAUUGACGAGCAGGAAGAGAACGAGGAGGAUGCGGAAUGUGCCGACUUGACGUUGAACAGCAAGGCCACAGAUAUGAUGAAGCUUCACCUGAGGUUGAACGCGAUCAAGAACGAGAUUGACAUUCUGGAGAACCCGGCGAUGAGGGAAGUGUACGAGAAGGUUCGCUUUCCCGAAGACGACUCCACGUUCGAAGCUGGGCUUGAAGUUACGGCUGAAGCUUUCGUGGUGACCCACGUCGGAACGCUGGAUCAGCAGAUGCAGUAUUUGAAUGAGGCAAAGCGCUAUAUUGACCAGCGGAAGAUCGUUCGGAUUUGCGACUCGCUGCAGGGCGCGCUGGAUCGGUGCAAGUCAUCGGAUGAUCUAUAUCUGCCCCCGGGCAAGCACCAGAUCAAGUUUCUUGAAUAUCUCAACAGCGCUGGUUCGCUGCGAGCCAUCAGCUCGGUCAACUUUGUCGAGGCUUGCGAGCGGGAAAAAUUACAAACCCUUGAAGACAUUCCCGUCGUAAGUUCCAAAGACGACGACAGCAUUCUUCUCACGAUCGACGGAGACUAUUGCUUUGAAAACAUCAUGCUAGACUGCGCCAACGUCCGCACUGGCGUCCUCGUCAAGCGCGGUAACGUAACGUUCAAAAACUGCUGCCUCGUCGGCGAUCCCAAAUCUACCACCAAGCAAGGCGUAGUCGUGUUCGGCAACUCCACCGUCCGCUUCGAAAACUCCGUCAUCCAACACUUCUCCACCGGAAUCUACUCCAACCAAAACUGCACCAUUCAACUGGCAAACACCAUCAUCCAGUCCUGCAUCAACGGGCUCGAAGUGCUUCGCGGCGGCCAGAUCGCCUUCACCGCCGCCCAAAUCAACGCCUGCAAAAGCUACGGAGUCAUCCUGGACGCGGACGACGACGGCGACGCGAACGAAUCCCCCGAACCGCGCACCACCUACACCAACUACGCCCAAAUCGAUCGCCCCGAAUUCCGCUUCACCGGAGACUGCGCGUUCCGCGGCAACGGCCAGGCCAACUUUGUCGUGUUCAACGGCGCCGAGCUGGAUUUUAACAGCUCCUGCUUCGUGGACCAGAUGGCGCCGGCGGCGGCCGGGGACGACGACCUGCCAACGAACGUAAGUCUUUACCAAUCUUUGGACAUGGACGAGGACAUUAGCGGUGACGAAGACGAGGACGCGGACUCAGGGAUGGACGGGGGAAGGUUCUUCAACGACUUGGACGUUAUCAGGUCGAUUGUGAUUGAUGGGGAGCAGCAGCAGCAGCGGGGAGGGAAUUUGGACCACGGUUCGUCGACGGACGGGGACGUUUCGUCGGAGCUGGAGUCCGAGGACGAAGUGGCCGUGAUUGAGAUUGACGAUACGGUUAUAGAAAUUGAUGAUAGUGUGGCGGGACAUGUGGGCGAGUAAGACGGGACUGACUGCGACUGGUGGUUUUGUGUUGUUUGUUGAUUAUGAGAUUGAAUAAAUUUGUUCUUAUUUUA